AUGUCUUACUUUUCCGGCAAUUGGAACCCGUCCUAUGUCGGAGGACUUCCGAUGACAAUCUCCCUAUCCGGUCGAUUGAAGGAGCUUGAUCAUAUUCUCGGUUUUGACGGUGACAUGCGAUAUGUUGCCGCCCAAUUAGACACGGCUGUCAACCCCUUGAAUCAGGUUCAUGGAGGCGAUAUGGGUGUUGAUCCGUCCAGCGUCCGCGCAUCCCUUACAGCAAUACAGGCGUAUACCAGGGAGCGACAAUCUGUGGACCAGGAUACGGAUGAUGCCGCUGCAAGGAAGCAGUUGCCCUACCGCGACAAAGGUGCUGACGUGCUUAUUGACUUGCGACUAUGGAUCUUGUUGUGA